AUGGUUAACAAGCCCAUACGAUGCGCGAACAAGGCCGCUGAGAGCGCGUCCGCACGUCUCUGCGCUGGUCAUGAAGACACUCAUGUCUUCACAGAGUAUGAGCUCGGUGUCUCAUACUCUCCUGAUACGGAAGACGGAUCCGUAUCGACGGCAAUCGAAUCAAAGCCGCCUGCCAAGCGUGGCAUGGAUGAUGCUAUGCGUCGUAGCAUCUUUGGUUUAUCUGAUGAAUCAGAUGAACCAUCGCCGAAGCGAAGGCGCUCGAGGUCAGAAGACUCGGGCGCUAACAGUGGUGUCGGUUCUCCUAUUGACACCACUUCGCAACAAAGUGCCAGUACUUCUGUCGGCACGUUGCAAGAAGAGCGGGACCGCAAUGUGUUGCGUCUCGCUCCUGAAAAGAAGGCAUGGCUGCCUCCAAAGUCAGUCAUGGAUUGCUUGUCGGCGACGACAAGUGAUCGCUAUCGAACACGAUUGUACGAUUCGUCAAGGAUCAUUCACCUUGACCCCAGUGCGCAAAACUAUCGCGCUGAGAAUCUUCAUCGAUGCUUUCUUUAA